GGCUUUUCACUGAAAUGAAAGUGGAAGUAAAGAGCUUCCUGCAGAAUCCCGUCUGAAGUGUAUUCAGGACUUGCUGGGGGAACUAAAGCCCCCCGUAAGGUACAAGCGAGAGUUCAGUCCGGGUGCACAGUGCACCCCGCCGCCUUGUUCGUAGCUCUGAAGUUUCUGCUCCUGCCACCCGAACCCGGACCCAUGUCAGUGACCCGUGAUGCGGCCCUCCACACCCUUCAGGAGGAGCAGACCAGACUAAAGAUGAGGCUGCAGGAGCUGCAGCAGCUGAAAAGGGAGCUGGGGGACUCCCCACAAGGCAAGGUCCCAUUCCCAGUGCCUGAGAUCCCUCUGGUGUUCCAAGGACACACUCAGCAGGACAAAGAUGUGCCCAAGUCUUUGGUUUUCAAAGUGCGGAUCAGCUACCCUCUACCUGGAGGCUCUGCUCUGGUUACCUUUGAAGACCCCAAGGUGGCUGCACAGGUGCUACAACACAAGGAGCAUCAGAUUAAGGUAGAAGAGUGCCGCCUGCAGGUGCAGGUCCAGCCCUUGGAGCUGCCCAUGGUGACCACCAUUCAGGUGUCUAGCCAUAUGAGCAGCCGGAGGGUGCUGGUCAGUGGGCUUCCUGCGGGGCUCGGGCUGAGUGAGGAGGAACUGCUGGACAAGCUGGAGAUCUUCUUUGGCAAGACCAGGAAUGGGGGUGGUGACGUGGAGGUUCGGGAACUGCACCAAGGGGGCAUCAUGCUGGGCUUCGCUGAGGAUGGAGUGGCCCAGCACCUGUGUCGGAUUGGUCAGUUCAUGGUGCCACUGGGUGGACAACAGUUCCCUCUGAUGGUCUCUCCCUACCUGAAGGGUGAGAUCCAGAAGGCCGAGAUCAGGUCCUGCCCAGAGCCCCACUCAGUGCUGGUGCUCAACAUUCCUGACGUCCUGGAUGGCCCAGAGCUAAAUGACAUCCUGGAAAUACACUUCCAGAAGCCUACCCAAGGGGGCGGGGAGGUGGAGGCCCUGACAGUUGUGCCCCAGGGGCAGCGGGGCCUGGCAGUCUUCACUGCUGAGUCGGGCUAGGAAGCUGCCCUUCUUCUCCCACCCACCCUGCGGCCGUUUCUCAAACUGGGCUGGGGCUGGAUGCACUGCAGGGAGAGAAUGCUGGUCAGCAGCGGGCAGGGAUUGCAGGGAUUGUGAGCUGCGAAAUGCUACCUGAGAACUGUAAAAGCGCCCACCUGCUGUGAUCUUUGUCAUUUUGUUUUCAUGAAAUUCAAUUUGGGCCUGGAAGGAGGCUUCCGGGAGGGAUGAAACCCUAAGCUUCCACUAUCAGUACUGGCUGCCCACAUGCUCACUUUUCCCUCUAUGCUCAGAGGCCCAGGACCCAGGGUUUGGCUUUUUAUUGACACAAACACAAAGGCAGCUUCGGUAAUGGAGUGGGGUACACAAAAGCAGAAAUCACACUUCACAUGUUUAGGCCUCAUUUAGACAAUGAUGAUGAGGCUGAGCCCCUCCCCCCACCUCCGUUGGCAAAGGCUCGUGCAAUAACUCUCCUUGAUCCCAGGUCAGAGAGGGGAGGGAGUUACCCCCCUACCCAGAAGUCCCCACUUUGGUUCCAGUGGCCCAGGUCCUAACCACUUCCCCUGCUCCCCUGUUCCAUCUCCCCACCCAUGUAAACAAAGUUAGGGGCUGAGUUUGAAAAGCUGGCUCCCUGCUCUGAGAAGGCCUUGAACCUCUCCUGAUGACACAGGGAGUGUGCUUUGAUUUUUACUUUGGUCCAGAACAAGAAACAGAUGGCACUGCCUCUCACAGCUCUGGCUGGUAAAUGCCACACUUAUCUGCAAGGCUGAGAAAGCUUACCCACCUUUCUCCCUAACCACCCAGAGAAAUGACAGCCCCAGAGACAGGACAGGGCACAGAUCCCAGAAGGCUAGGGCCCGGCCCCACCCACUGGCACACACAGAUUUUUGGCAGUGUUGUGGGACUGGGGAACAGCAAACCCCAGCUCUGCCAGAACGAGGAAGGCACUGGGGAGUGCAGGGGUGGAGAAGGAGGUGUGAGACAGGGCCCCCCACAUACACAAGCACAGGUUUUCCUUGCUAAGGCACCGAGAACAAAUCCAGAGAACUCAGUGAAGGGGGGCUCUGUGUCCCUCCCACAGAGUUGUGACCUAGGGGAGCAGGUCUGAUUCCCGCCCUUGUUUUUAAGAGGCAACCUUGGUUAAUAAGAGUGGCAGAAAACCAGGAGAUGGAAGAAACCCAUUUGUGCUUAAAAAGUUGGGGACAAGAGGACAAGGCCAUGCAACGAGGAAACAGAGUUCAGGGGUGGGCGCUGGUUGGCCCAGGGCUGAAGGGACACUAGGGCGAGACUAGGACAUGCUGGAUUCACACAGAUUCGCCCCAAAUCCUGAGCUGACAUUUCAAUUCUUUGGGGAGCUGUGGGGCAGGGGCAGGAGGGGAGAUGAGGCAGAGGUGGAAGCACAUAGAAUGGGACAGAAAGGGAUUGGCUAAUCUUGGCACAAAAGCAGCAGAGCAGGCCCAGGGAAAGGGUGGGGGCAGGAAGCUGCGGCCUCCCUCUGACCCUCCCUGUCCCCUUGGCAAGGCCCAGACAUCCAAGUGGUCACUUCCCAACCUUUCUUGGAGGGCAGGAAGCGGGGAGAGGGCAGCCCUGACUGAAGAGAAAGAACAGGGCAGGGGAGAGGUCACCACGGACUGGAAGCCUUCAGGGGAGAGAGGGCAGAGCAUUACCAUAGGAGAUAAAAUGCAAAAGAGUCUGGUAGCCAACAGAGCAUAGCUUCCCAGUGACUCUCUUCCUGGGUCCCAAGGGUCUCCAGCUCCAGCCCUAGUUCUCCUUCUCUGGCCCAGGCACCAGGAGGACUUUGCCCACAUUCCUCUUCUCUUGCAUCUGCCUCAUGGCAUCCACCACCUAGAGAGGAAGACAAGACUGCUCCCAGUGCCGCCAUCUGGUCCCUCCAGAGAGCAGCCUAAAGGAGUCAGCCCUCCCCUUCCCAGGAAUCCUAGCCCUGGAAGCCCAGGCAUCUGUCACAGGUCCUACAUAGGCCCUCCCUGAAGAGCCAUCACACUCACCUUCUCGAAGGGCCACACGGAGUCAAUGUGGGGUUUGAUGUGGCCCUGGUUGUACAGAGCCAGGAGACGGGUCACCACCCCACUGACCAGCUCCACCUCGCCCUCCAGAUAGCCCAGGUGGUAGCCGCACACAGCUCGGUUGGCUGGCAGCAGCUGCAGAGCUGUCACGCUGAACUGAUUCCACCAUGUGCGCGCCAUGGCCAUCAGGUUCCGCUUGGGGCCUGUCAGCAGGUUGGCCAUUCCUGAGGGAUGAGAAUCCAGAUGCCAGGCAACCCCUGCGUGUCUGGAUGCAUGCUUGUCUGCCCCGCCAUGGACCCCUUACAAUUGUCCACAGACUGACAGGAUAAUUCACCACCUGCUGGCCACCAGGCCCAAAUGGACUCCAGCAGACUCAAAAAUUGCUCUAAUCUUUG